UCUCUCAUUCUAUCUAUCUAUUACUCGAAAGUUCGCGCGUCCGCGCUAGCUAGUCGUGAGUAGAAAACACAAAUUUAAUAUAAAAACAUAUUUCCUGAAAUUGCAAAUUAUUUAAAAUAUAAAAAUAUAAUUUUCAACAGAGAGAAUUUAUCAAAAUAGAAAACAAAUGAAGUUUGAAGUUUAAAAAUAAUAGGAUCGACCACUCGCGACUAGCUAGCGCGGACGCGCGAACUUUCGAGUAAUAGAUAGAUAGAGAGACAGACAGACAGACAGACAUAUAGCUCGCUCCGGCCAGUCAUGGUAUUAGCUGUCAGUAGCCAAAGAAUCGACAGGCCAGCAACAGGCAGGCAGACAGGCAGACAGACAGAUACUUCACUAGCAGUGAGCACUUUCACUUCUGACAGCUAAUAGCAUGAUAGUGCCUAUAUCUGUUUAUAUAUAUCUAAUAUAUUUAUAUAAGAUUGAUAUUAAAAGGAGUUUUCUUUCUUCGCUAAGUUUAAUCGAAUGUUCUAGAAGUGGCGAAUAUGUUGUUGUUGUUAUUAUUCUUGUCACAUGGAAUCAGAAACUCGUAACCAACUCGAACUUUACAUUGCGACGAAAUGUCACGUUUUGAAAGUUGAUUGGCUGUAAUUUGAAGGCUGCUAUUUUCUAGCCCGUCAUGCGACCACAUAGAGGUGUUUGUUGUCAUUUUAGUGGCAGAGGCGGCCUUCGUCAGACUGAUAAUCAAAAAGUAUUCGGAGCUAAUGUUUAAUCGCACCUCACCUUGGAAAAUGCAUUUAUUCGGAUUCCUAGGUUUUACAUGUCGGAAAUUACGAAUAUGCAACAAAAAGAUUUUUCAAAAUUUUAACCAGAUGAAAAUGGCUGGCACAUAUAAACUCCAGAUCUGUACCAAAAAAUCUUAAACAACUGUGAGCAGUAGGAUAUUCCAGCAAAUCAUUAUGGAUCUUAGGGCUAAACUAGAUCAGUACCCUCAUCAUUUCAAAAUAAUUGACUAUUUGAAAGAAAAAGACUUAUAUAAAACCAGAGAAGAACUUUUCCAGACUCUUAAGCUUAAAGUAGAAUCAGAAAGCCAUGAAGAACAGUAUAAAAAAAAUAUUUGGCAUGAUUCUCUUCAUGAAUUCUUGAAAGAGAAAUUUAAAAAUCCCCAAAAGAAUAUAUUUAUAUACAAAAUUAACUAUAUUUGCUGGUGUUUGGAAAAAAAGCGUGAUAUAAAAGCUAAUGACUCAUUUAAGAAACUAGACUGUCAUUCUGGAAUUGAUGAAGCUUAUGCCUGUUUAGGCUAUGCCCUCAACCGUCUUCAUCCAAAACUGUAUGAAAGUGCUUUGGAGUGUUUCAAACGCUCAAUAAGAAUAAAUCCCAAAAAUGGCAAAGUUUUGCUACAUAUAGCUAAACUUAUACGAAAGUUGAACGAUGAUUUCAUUGAAGAGUACGAGAAAUAUUUGCAUAGAGCAUCGGAAUUACUUCCAGAUGAUGAAGAGAUUAAAGCAGAAUACUUGGAGAGAGGUAAAUGGAGAAUUACCAAACCAAUUGAUGAGAUAACUAACACAUCAGUUUUACUUAAAAUAGUUAAUUAUUUCAUCAGGCAGAAUGAUUACGAGAAGGCAAGAAUCUCUCUUGACAAGAUCAAUUCUAUACGACCUCAACCCAUGUCCUUUUAUUUUGGGGCUUUAAUCUCUUCUAAAACACAAGGUUAUAUUUCAGAAGCUGUUAAACUUGACAGAUUUAAUCCUCUUAUCUCUUGUUUGAAUGCAUUUUAUUUGAUAAAUAAAAAUGAAUUUGAGAAGGCCCAAGAACAGUUAGUAAAAACCAAGAAAAAUACAAUCUCCAUCCCUUUAAAAAAUCUGGCAAAAAUGAUACUGUAUCAAAUUCAAAAUUACAAAACACAUUCUCCCCAAAGCAUACUUAACAGCAGACCAUUAAAUUUAACUAAGUCAUUGCCACGGGAAGAAAUGUUAGCUAUCCUGGAGAAAGAUAUUGAUGCAGAAUGCAGAGAAAGAGACAUAUGGAUAAAGUCCUUUUUAAGAUUUGCUUCUCUCUCAAAUGAUAAUGAAAUAUGUCAGCUUUGCUUCAAGCAAUCAUUGGCUUUAAAAUCACAAAUCACCUUCAAGGAAUUGAAAGAAAAUUUUUCCUAUGAUGUUUGUUUUUUUACUAAAUAUUUCUCCUGCAGGAAAGAGUUAGAAUCAUUCCAAAAUCCAAAGUUUGGUUUACGCAUCAUUGACAACGACACUGAAGAUUUCUAUGGACAAGACAAAAUCAAAACCCAGCUAAAGAUUUUUUACCAAAGUUUAAUUAUCGUUAUUUGUGUGUCGAAGGAUUUUAGAAUUUGUAAUUUCUUCAUAGAAGAGAUCUUAGAUAUAAAAAAUAACUACUGUCGAAAAAUAAUGGUUCUUAGCAAAGAUGAAGACAUACCAAGCCAAUUGAAGAUCUUACCACAUGUUAAAUUUCAAAAAGGUUCCUCUCUCGUGAACAAUUUUUUUGAGACUUUGUUCAGCAGUGAGUCAUGAUAAUAGCUAACAAUUUAGAAGUUUAUUUAUUGAAAAUGUAAUAUUUAUUUAUGAAGAUUCCUGAUGUGGAAUCUUGUGUUGAAAUAAACACACACACAAAAUAUUUGGCAACAAAAAAAAAACAAUAUUUAUUGCCAAAUAAACACACGCACUAUGCAUUUGGCACCCAAAAAGAAACAAUAUUUUUUACCAAAUAAACACAUGCAAUAUAUAUUUGGUACCAAAAAAAAAACUAUUUUUUCAGUUUAAUAAAAAAAUACAAAAAGUGUAAA